AUGUUCAACCAUGAAAUAUUGUUUUGCAACUUUCUUUUAGUCUUCGUUUGCGGAUACCUUUUUUUUCUUUUUUUCUUAUUUUCUUUCCUCUUUUUCUUAAAUUCUUUUCGAUUUUAUUUCCCGCUAUUUCUCAAUAUUUCAACCUUCCUAUCCAGCGUUAUAUCCAAUGCAUCCCUUUCAUUUUAUCUUCAUUUCCAGACAUUCAUUUUCUUUCAUUCCUUCUCAUUUUCCUUCCUUAAAAUAAUUUCUUUUGACAUAUUUUUCUUUUUCUUCUUAUUCAGCGUAUUGUUUUAUUUUAAUCUCUUUCCUUUCCUUUCUCUUUUGGUAAUUUUCAAUUUUUGUUCUCGUUUUCUUUAUCUUUGUACUUAUUUACAGAUAUUCCUUGACUUUCUAUUUUUUCUCUCGGACCAUUUUCAAUUUUUCUUCUUAUUCAGCGUUUUGAUUCAUUUUAAUCUCAUUCGUUACCUUUCUUCUUUUUUCAUAUACAUUUCUUUCUUUUUUUUAGUUUUUUCUUUUUAUUUUUAUUUAUUUAUUCUUCUUCGCUUGAUAUACUUUUUUUAUGUCGUUUCCAAUGAUUUAAAAAUAACACAGGCUUCGUUUCCAGACUUUCUUUUCUUCUUCGUUUCCAGACUUUCUUUUCUUCUUCGUUUCCAGACUUUCUUUUCUUCGUUUCCAGACUUUUCUUUUCAUUAUUUCUAUUCGUUUUCUUUAUCUUUGCAUUUAUUUAUAGACAUUCCUUUGCUUUUUAUUUGCUUUCCAAACCUUUCUUUCCUUGUUUAA